AUAGACCUGGACUCGGUUCCUGAAAGCUCUGCGCAAGUCCUCGCGGGUCAUCUUCGGCAAAACUGUCGAACGCCAGCUCAAAGAUGCCCAGAGGAUUCUUAGUGAAAAGGAACAGCAAAUGGUCACCGCUAUCGUACAGGAUUCGGACUGAAGACGAGCAGCCACUUCAAAGCGACCCUCUGAGAGUGGCUGUGGGGCCGGCGGUGUGCCCGGACAGUCUUAUUGCACAGUCAGGUUCCCAGCGCGGCGGCGCGGAGGGACUUUACUGCCGAGUGACAGAGGAUCAAGGCUUGGAGCCAGCCCAGGGACAGACAGAGGAGACUGAGCCUGCCACAGGCUACACCAGCAGAGGCUGUACAAAAUCUGGCCUCACUGACUGGUCUGCUGCCUCCUGCAGCCCCGCCGUGCCCACCGGCCACAGACUGGAACCCUCUGCCUUGGAUAGGAGCUGCUUCACCUCCUCUACUGGUGCUGAGCCCUCAGCUGCGGCUGAAGCCAUCAGGCCGGGAGAGAGGUCUCUGGGGGCGCCGACAGAGGGUACCCGGCCUGGCAGCAGUCACCCACAAACCCCAACUUUACCGGGCACCAAGCGAACUGGCCCAGACCCCUGGCACCGCAAGUACAAGUCCCGCCCGAAGAAGCCCAAAAUGAGCAGAAAACUCCGUCUCCAAGACGAGGUGAGCACUUCCCCUGUGCUCGGCCUGAGGAUUAAAGUGGACGCCAAGGACUGCCAGGCGGCGCCAGCAUCAGCAAAGCCCCAGCUCCUGGCCGGGUAUAUCUGCCAGCUGUGUAGAGAAACCUAUUCGGAUCCCUUCUCGCUGGCCCAGCACAGAUGCUCCAGGAUAGUCCGGGUCGAAUACCGCUGCCCCGAGUGCCAGAAAGUCUUCAGCUGCCCGGCUAACCUGGCAUCCCAUCGCAGGUGGCACAAACCUCGCUCCGGGGCCAACAGCGAUGCUGCAGAGCCUGGCAAGGAGAGGCACAACUGGCCCGGACCCCGGCAGCGUAUAGACCCGGAGAGCAAAGAGAACUCCAAGGGCCUGAGCGCCGGGGAGCGCCGCGGAUUUCAGACCAUGGACAGCUCCAAGGUGAGCACCGAGCUUAGCGAGGGCGGCUCCCCAGGGACUCCGGGCCGCCCCGAACGCUUCGAGUGCCUGUUGUGCAGCAAGAGAUUCCGGCGCCAGGCUUCCCUGGAGAAGCACCUGUCUGGCCACCAGGCCGCCAGCUCCGCGGGCUACAGGCGCCUGCAGUGGAGCCGCCUCAGCUUCCCUUGCCCCCUGUGCAAUGUGAACCUGCCGUCCGCCGACAUCCGCAACAAGCAUCUGCUGUGGCAUGCGGUGACCUGUGGGGAACCAGCCCUGCUCAGCCCCACAGCCGAACAGCAGGAGCCUGCCGACGGCCUGGGAGGGCAGCUUUUCACCUGCAAACACUGCCCUUCGAGCUUCCUGAGCUCGGCGGGCUUGAGCAGGCACAUCAACAAGUCCCACCCGUCAGAGAACCGGCAGCACUUCCUCCUGCAGCUAGCCACUAGGCCAGGCUGCUAAUGGCCUCCAGCCACUAAGACCUCAGAAUUCAGGAGAAAUGUCUUUACACAGACAACAGCGACGGCGUGUAUCAUAGGGAGUGGCUGAGGCCAGUAGUACAGACAUGCUUAAGAAGGGACGAAAGGGUUAGGUUCAUAAAGUUAGGUGAGGAAAGGUGAAUUAAACAAACAGACUAUUUGGACUACUUGAGUUGAAUGGCCCUACUUCUAUGUAGUGCGUUCUAUGUAAUUAUUUCAUUCUUUCCAAAAAAAAACCCGCAAAAGACUCAAGAUCAUUUCAUGCUCACUAAAGAAAUUAUGAUCUUAAGCAAGAACUUGCACUGACAGCUGCCAAACUAUUUAUUCUGAGCAUGCAAAUGACUGAUUUAUUUAGCAACUGUGCUGGACAUAGACUACUUGUAAAGUGUGUUCACUGUUCAGUGGUGGGUUAGUUACCUCAGCAGGCUAGAGAGCAAUGUGACUACAAAACAAUGACAAUGGCACAUUUUCUACCCCGAUACUGGCUCUGUUAGUUCAUGGAGACCCGCCUCUUUGCAUUGUCUUAUGCAUGAUGUGCAGUGAUGCCUGUCAAGCUAUAUAAACACAGAUGCUCUCUGUGACAGUGAGAAAUGGUAAUGGUCCCUCACAGAGAAUGGCGGAAUAUGAUUGUCCUAAGUCAUUCACUUGACUUCAGAGUCGAACAUAUUUGCACAGGGAUCUGGACAGCAAGGAAUUAUUUAUUGCAAGUUUAAAAAAUUCCUACAUGAGUUUGUGUAUCAGAACUUCUGUGGAGUCCUGACAUGUAUCUUUUGUUGCAUAUCCAUUCUCUGAUAAUCCGGAGCCUACACAAUUUAGGCUAGUUCUUUUUGAUGUUCUGAAUAACUAGUCAGAGCUCUAGAACACGGUCUCCUAAUUGGCCCCUUGUAAUGAGGAGAAGAUAUUAUAGAAAACAUAGAAAAUACACGAAGAUUUAGAGAUAAAAUUGAAUUUUCUGACUAGCAGAAGUUCUAAAUGAGCAAGACACUCCCUAUAUACAAAUACUUUUGUAGAAUAUACGUAAAUACAUUUUUCCUUUCGAAGAAUGCUUGUAAAGGUUUUGCUCAACAUGCACACUGCAAUUGGAUUCUACACCAUUGUUUUUGUCAAAGGACAUUAUAAAACAUGACAUUUUGUAAGAGGAAGCCUUAAAGCAUCUAUUUUAAAACUCUAUAUAAUAAUGUUUAUGCAUCUUUGUAUUAUUUGCCUUGUAUGUUUUGUACUACAUUAUGUAAAUAAUUGCAAUUUUGUUUAUUUUUUGUGGCCAAUGUGGUAAUAAAUUAUCAGAAUAGCUUUUUGUGCAAGUAAUAUUUCUACACCAGUAGCUAUUUAAUGUGCGCUAGGUAGUUCAUAUGCAAAAAUAAUUCCUACUCUGUAUUUUCUU